GCGCGCGCACAGGUGAAUCAAGGUGCGCAUUGUUGGUCUCUGUCGCUCCGCGCCGCUCGCGCUCUUCUGCUCGGACUUAAGCCGCCGAAGUUAAGUCGCGGCCAUGCCCAAUCUCGGUGCCUCGCGGCCAAGAGCGCCGUCGGCCGUCAGUCGGCGCGGUCGCCUCGAGCCAACAACAACAACAAACAAACAAAGCAAAUCCAACUAGUCACACACAGUAUUCUUGCCAUAAAUCCACCGAAUCAACAAAAAAUACUCGAACAUAACCUACAAAACGUAACAUAACCUAAAAUCAUGUGCUCAUAAAACGCGUGGCCAUUUAUUUAUUAACAUUAAUCUACGUAUUAAACAUAUUUACGAAUAUAAUGGAUAAUCCCGACUCGCCGGAUUCGAUGAGCAGUGAUUUGCUUAGCUCGCCGCGGAGUAAUCACCGGAUUCACACCCACACACAGAAUCACAAUAAUAAUAAUAAUAAUAAUACGAUAGGGAUUAAUACGAUUAAACGAAGGAGACUUUUGCCGGGAAAUGAUAACGUGAUUAUUAUCAAUGAGAUCAGCGAGGAUUUGAAUAGUGUGAGCAAUGAUGAAGCGGAGCGCGCGUCCGACGAUUGCAAGGCAAAUAAUAACAACGAUGUUGCGUUUGUGCUCAUGCAACAGCAGCAGCAGCAGCAGCUGGAGAUGGAGCAGGAGCAGGAGGGUGUUGAGCAUGGGGUUGAGAAUGGCAGUGCUAAUGCGAAUGCAGGGGAUGAUUUAGAUGAUGAUGAGAGAUUAACGGCCAGCGGACACGGUUCGCUGGCGUUGAGCGGCAGCUCGCCGGGCUACGGCGCCGGGGGCAGCGGCGGCCACCAUCAUCGCGGCGCGUCGGCGGUGCACCACGGCGGCGCGAUGCAGCACCAGCUGCCGCAGCCAGACUUUCAACCGCCGUACUUCCCGCCGCCGUUCCACCACCCGCCUAGCCCACCGCCCCAGCAGCACCUUGAGUACCUCACUGAUCCCUAUGGUGGUCUAUCUGGCCUGCAUCAUUACAAUCAACUCGGCCUGCGACGGGAAACGGAUCCAAAUCACACCCAUGUGAGUCAACUGAGUCACGGGGCCAGCUUCCCGUACGCCAGCGGGCCUGGUGGACGUGCAGAUUAUGGCAUCCCACAGCGAGUGUCUUCGCAUGAUGAUCCGCUGUCGCUGCAUCAAGCGUUGGGGCAGGCUGUUGAGGAAGCUCAGGGUGGUAUCGAUGAUAACACGGGAUUCAUUUCGGAUUUACCUCUACUGAAAAGUAUAAAAGGAAAAGAUCACGGUGGUGGUUCAAUGGUCUCGCCGUCGGAUGUGUUCUGCUCGGUGCCGGGCCGCCUCUCGCUGCUCUCCUCCACGUCAAAGUACAAAGUCACCGUCGGUGAGGUGCAACGCCGCCUGUCGCCGCCGGAGUGCCUCAACGCCUCCCUCCUGGGCGGCGUGCUCCGCCGUGCCAAAUCCAAAAACGGCGGGCGUCUUCUCCGCGAAAAACUGGAAAAGAUCGGCCUGAAUCUACCCGCCGGGCGGCGGAAAGCCGCCAACGUCACACUGCUCACCUCGCUCGUUGAGGGCGAAGCCAUUCAUCUGGCGCGCGAUUUCGGCUACGUCUGCGAAACGGAGUUCCCCGCACGCCAGGUGGCCGAGUACCUCAUCCGGCAGCACGGCGAGUCCGUGCGUCGCAAGGAGCUGCUGCAGGCCACCAAACAGGUGACCAAGGAGCUGAUGGACCUGCUCAACCAGGACCGCUCGCCGCUGUGCAACACGCGGCCGCAGAUCCUCCUCGAUCCGUCCAUCCAGCGCCACCUCACGCACUUCUCGCUGAUAUCGCACGGCUUCGGCUCGCCGGCGAUCGUCGCCGCGCUCACCGCCAUCCAGAACUUCCUCAGCGAGUCGCUCAAGCACCUCGACAAGGUGUAUCCGAAUCAGGGCGGGCAGGGCCAGCCGAUGCUCGUCACCUCCAGCCUCGACAAGGCCAAGCUGGACGACAAAAAGUGAUCUUAGGCCGUAGGUAAUUUAUCUAAAUCUAAUUCAAUUUCUCCAAGACGGGCAACCCCUCGAAUUUGUAUGUGUUUUGUGAUCUACCUAAUCGUAAUUCUCGGACAAGGCUACGAUUGUACAUAGUGCGCAAAUGACCGACUGGCAGCUCCGAUUCAUCUUCGGCGAGUUUAUACAAUCUUCAGUGUUCUCGUGGCGUCGUAUACAUAUUGAAUAUAGGUAUAUACUAUACUUUGUUACAUAAGUAUUAUUCCAUUUUAUUGUUUUUAUUGUAACUAUUCUCAUAUGAAAUAUAUUUUUUCGAUCGCUCGAAAA